UACAUAGCAUUUUGUAAAUUGUAUAGGAGUAUCUAACAGCCAUAACACCAUUACACCACGACCUUGUCAGAAAAUAAGCGCUGAAUCAGCACCUCUGCAGGCAGCUGAUGUGCCUUCUCAGUCUCCUGACCAGAUCAUACUCGCCACUCAUCAUCAGUCCAGCUAAUAGCACAACCAGUUAUGAUUAUCUCAAAAUAAAGAAAAGAAGAGUGAUCGCAAGUAACAACAGCUUCAGACAAAUGUCAAACUCAGCUACGUCAAGCCGGAUCCCAUAUCCGUCGACUUCAGAUUUCAGAAAACAACAUCUGCAGAGACGACGGAGACAUGCUCGACAUCUUCGUGCCGUCGCCCCGGCCGGCCGGCGCAAGCGGCUGAAGAGAUCCUCCGGUCUCCUGGCGCGCCUCCAGCACUGCCAUUUGGCCACACCUGCCUGUCCCCUACGAUGCCCUGCCGGCGCACACGCACAGCGCAGCCUGACUCUUCCCAUUCUUCGGGGCCUCCGCCGUCUCGUCCGCUUGGAACGAGCCAGCGAGCUAGCGAGCGAGCUUUUGACCCGUGCGCGUGCAACCGCUUCAAACCCCUGCGGCAUCUUAACCUCACAUACUUGCCAUGUCCAGCUCGUAGCGUUAGCCAGUCAGGAACCACGCGCGCGCCCUUGCUCCUGAGCGCCGCGCAGGUUGAUCAGUUCUUGGCACUCGUUGCUGCUCCUGUGCUGUGUUCAUGGCGAAGGUUAUCGCUGUUCUUGCGGCAGCGCUGGUAGUGCUGCUCUCUUGUUGCUGUUGCGGUGUGCGAGGUGACGAAGCGCCUGAUGUGCGGGCGUCCCUUGUCGCCUUCCUGCGCGAGCUCGCCGGGGGCGACGACAUGGUGGCGCGGGACCUCGGAUGGAACGUGUCGGUCGACCCGUGCCUCCGCGGCAGCAGCACCUCGCCGUGGGGCGGAACCGUCACGUGCUUCGGGAGCGACAGCGAAAACGACGGCCGGGUCAAGAGGAUCGAUCUGGAUGGACAUGGCCUGAGCGGCACCAUCGACGCGGCGCUUCUCUGCGUCGCGCCGGAGGUCCGCGUGGUGAACGUGGUGGACAACAAUCUGCGCGGCAGCCUCCCCGCGAGCAUCUCGGCGUGCUCGGGCCUCACCCACUUAAUCGUGGGCGGAAACCAGCUCUCCGGCAGCCUGCCGACCUCACUCGCCCAGUUAGAUAGCCUGCACGUGAUCGACGUGUCCAGAAACAACUUCUCCGGCGAGCUCCCCGGCGAUCUCGGCAAGCUCGAGCUACAAAGAUUCUUGGCCAACGACAACCAUUUCAACGGCACCAUCCCGGACUUCAACUUCACCGGACUCGAUAUAUUCAACGUGUCGAACAACAUCCUCACUGGGCCAAUCCCUAAGAACGCCAGCAAAUUCGGCAAGGACAGAUUCUUGCCUAACGACGCCGGCAUGUGCGGCGAGCCGUUAUUUGGGCCGUGCAAGUCGUCCCCUUCUCCAUUUCGCGAGCCGCCGCCGAGUUCCGACUCCGAAUCUGAGGAUGGACAGGGGGAGAGCAAGAGCAAGAAAAGAACAGUGCGACGAAUCGUCAUGUACCUUGGGUACGUCCUCCUCGGCGCCGCCAUAGUGGCUUUCGUCCUGUACAAGCUCUGCUCCAAGAAGAGGAGUAAGCUGGGCGGGGGCAGGCGCGCGUACGACACCAGCAAGGCCACUACGACGGUCACGACGUCGGCGAGCGCGAGCAAGUCGGCCUACUCGCUGCCGAUGUCGGCCGAGCAGAGCACGGCGGCGGCAGGCGCAGGGGGCGCGCCGUCGGCGUCGCUGGUGGUGCUGCGUCGGUCGGGCACAGCCUCGAUCACGUCGACGGCAGCGGCCGCGGCAGCGAAAGAGCUGCGGUUCGAGGACCUGCUCAAGUCCCCCGCGGAGCUUCUGGGCCGGGGCCGGUUCGGGAGCUCGUACAAGGUGGUGGUGCCGGGCGGCGCGGCGCUGGCGGUGAAGCGGGUGAAGGACGCGGCGGUGGGUGAGGAGGAGUUCCGGCGGCGGAUGGAGCGGGUGGGGCGCGCGAAGCACCCGGCCGUACUGCCGCCGCUGGCGUUCUACUGCGCCAUGCAGGAGAAGCUGGUGGUGUACGAGUUCCAGAGCAACGGCAGCCUCUCCAAGCUCCUGCACGGCUCUAUAGAGAGCAGCCAGGGCCCCCUGGACUGGCCGGCGCGCCUGCACAUCGCCGCCAGGGUCGCCGACGGCAUGGCGUUCAUGCACGCCGCGCUGCGUGGCGACGGCACGAGCUCCAACUCCAACUCUCCCUCCUCCGGCGAGGAAGAGGCAGCCGAAGGCGGACCCAUAGCCCACGGCAACCUUAAGGCCUCUAACAUCCUCUUCACGGCCGGCAUGGACCCGUGUAUCAGCGAGUACGGCGUCACCGCGCCGCCCCUGCCCAACUACGGUGCCAGUGGCAGCGCUGCCCUGCGCGCCGACGUGCGCGCGUUCGGCGUGCUGUUGCUGGAGCUGCUGACUGGGAAGGCCGCGGCGGCGCAGGGUGACGGCGCGGAGCUGGCGCGGUGGGUGACCUCUGUGAUCCGGGAGGAGUGGACCGCCGAGGUGUUCGACCGCGCGCUACUCGCCGGUGGCGACGGAUCCUGCGAGCAGCGCCUGGUGCAGCUGCUGCAGGUCGCCAUGAGAUGCGUCGACGCCUCCCCCGCAGCGGCCCCGCCGACCAUGAGGGAAGUCGCCGGCAUGGUCAACGCCAUUCGCGAGGAGGACUACAGGUCGCCCUCCUGUGAAGCGUGACACAAGCGCCGAAGCUCCACUCGUGCAGUGCAGAGCUCUGCUAAAUAUUUUAAUCUUCAAAUCUCUAAUGGUAUUAGAUAAAAGCCUGUUUAAU